AUGAACCGGGCCAUGUUGGCGAUCGUCCUUCUCUUCGCGGUACUCUUCGAUGGCACCUACCAAGAUCAAGUAAGUUUCUCAUUAACUUCUUAAUUUAUGGUUAACCGGAACCCACUGGUGGAAGAAGUACAUUUUUUUCGAUCCGACAAAAAUAGUCAUGUUCGCCAGUGGAAUGCGAUGUUCAUGCGCGCAAGUAGUUUCGAGUCAGACCUAUUUUUAACGAGCCCUGGCCGCCGUUUCGAGUUUUAAUCACGGCCAUGUUCUGCCUUGAAAAAUGCCAAAAAUCAAACUUGACUCGUUAAUAGACCUUUGAAAAUAAUAAAAGUGAAUCUGCAGGUUACCGUCCACACGGAUGCUCCACUGACUCUGGCCUCCUACCGGAAAAUGUCGCCCCAAUCGACGGAGAAAAUGGUCCUGGAGGCGUGGAAGGUCCUUCACACGGACACCACCAUCGACGUGAACGUCCGCACUGUUUUAAUAAGUCUCUACGAUCGCUAUACUCUUCUCAACAGCCUCGAGAACUGCGUCCACGUCCACCACAGCAUUCCGAAGUCGGCAGUCGUUACGAAUACGACAAAAUUUUGA